AGUCGUCAAAAACAAGCUGAGAGGAUAAAUAGGAGGAGGGAGGGUUGUUUUUAUCUGGAAAAACUGCAGGAAGAACUGCUGAAGUGAAGACUGUUACAGAAGACCACAGAGUGGGCUGUGGAGGCGUGAUGUGGAAAGGGCCCAGUCUCCUCCUGGCUCUCGCCCUGCUCGUGGGCUGCAGGGCAGAGAGAGAAACAGGUGCAGACCGCUGUCAACAGCCUCCGGCGUGGCGGAUCGGGGAGGCGUGGCCACUGAGGGACGCCCUGGGCGGCGUGACGGUGGUAGCGUUCCUGCAGGCCAGCUGACUCUUCUGUCUGCUGCAGGCAGCCAAACUGAGCAGGCUGCGUCUCAUGCUGGAGAGGAGCGGCUACACAAACAUCACGUACAUGGUGGUGAACAGCCAGGACGACAAGUCGCGCCGCCUGCACCCGCUGCUACAACAGAGACUCUCAGAAAACAUCACUCUGUACAGCCAGAACCCCGACGAGCCUGAUGUGUGGCAAAUCGCCAACGUGCUGAAGGACGACUUUCAGAUCUACGACAGGUGUGGACGCCUUACUUACCACUUGUCCCUACCCUACACCAUCCUCAGUCAGCCAUACGUGGAGGAAGCCAUAAGAAACUCCUACUGCAGUGGCAUGUGCGGAGACUGUGCUCUGGAGAACUCCACUGAACUUGUGGUGUGUAACAAGACCGACAAAGGUCAACCAGCGGAGGAAACACCCAGUACAGCAGAAGAGGAUGUGGGUCAUCAUGGAGUUCACCACAGAGGUCACCACAGAGGUCACCACAGAGGUCACCAUGGCAGUGGAGAAGGGCAUAGUCAUGAUGGCUUGUAUCAUCAGCAUGGCCACCAGGGGCAGGUGUUCGGAGGGCAGGCUCCUGUGCAGCAGAUGCACAGUGACCCCCAGGUCAUGCAUGAGGCUUGAGUGAAGCGUGCUCGCUGUAAGGUUCAGUACAGCUGACAGCAGGGGGCGUCCUCGCCCCCCUCCAGCUGAUGCUGACACUGACGGCGGCUGAUCGGGCAGCAGGACGGCGA